AUGCUUCCAUUGUAUCUUUUAACAGCUGCAAAAAACCAACCUAUCCUCGUUGAAUUGAAAACAGGAGAGACGUACAAUGGAAACUUAACCAACUGCGAUUCAUGGAUGAAUCUAACAUUACAUGAUGUAAUUCAAACCAAUGCCGAUGGCGAUGAAUUUGCCAAGAUUUCCGAAAUAUACAUCAAAGGGAUGCAUAUUAAGUAUUUACGUAUACCUGAUCAAAUCAUGGAUCAUGUCAAGGAACAAAAUAUGUACCAUCAACACCAUCAUGGACAGGAUAAUAGAAAUAGAUUUGUCAAGAGAAGAGACGGGGGUGUAGGAAGAGAUCAUAGAGAUAACCGAGAUGCCAGCGGAAGAAACGGUGGUAGGAAUAAUAGAGAUGGUGGCAAUGGAAGUGGAAGAGGCAGAGGACAAGGAGGAAAUAGACCCAAUAGUAAUCGUCGAGCUAACCAGUAA